CGCACGAGGGAAGAUCUCGCGAGGCCUGCUCUGUCUCGCGAUACCAGAGUGGAGCCCGCCGCUGCCUUGGCUACCAGGCUGCUGGGGAGGCUACGCCCGCAGUCGCGCUACGGAGGCCGGGUUGCCAGGUUACGGGAAAAUUUGAAGAAGCUUGUGGAGUAACAUGAGUCAGACUAAUCUAGGAUCUGCAGGAAGUCCCUCAUGAUAGUUGUCUUAGGAAAAGAAGAAUUUAUAGAUUCUUCAUCAGAUUCUCAUUUGCACGGCUGUUAAAUGCAAGGCUACUGUGGUGAAACCAUGAAUAAAAAUUCAUCUGCUGCAGUACCAUCCGGUCUACUUGAAAAGGAUCCUGCCUUGCAGAUGAUUACCGUUACCAAGGAAACAGGCCUCGGUCUGAAGAUCCUCGGAGGAAUUAACCGGAAUGAAGGUCCCUUUGUGUAUAUUCAGGAAAUCAUUCCUGGCGGAGACUGUUAUAAGGAUGGACAUUUGAAGCCAGGAGAUCAACUUGUCUCAAUAAACAAGGAAUCUAUGAUUGGUGUAUCAUUUGAAGAAGCAAAAAGCAUAAUUACCCGAGCCAAGUUGAGGUCAGAACCUGCUUGGGAGAUAGCAUUCAUAAGACAAAAAUCGGAUGGCAGUCACCCAGAAAACCCACUGUGUACACCCCUUUUACAGACCUCUGGAGAAUAUGGACCUCAAGCUUCAGCAUUUAAUCUUCUUUCUUCUCCCCCUGAAAUACCGAUUCCAAAGACCUCAUCUACCCCCAAAACUACAGAUGCUAUUUUACCUUCUUUGAAGGGAAAUCAGUUAAAAACUGGAUACAAGAAAACAGAACAGACUUCAAUUGCUUCUUUGGACCACAGCCCUACAGAUAUGUCUAAUACAGAUGCUGCCCCUGUCUGGACCGAUAAUUAUGGACCACAAGGAAAGACGGUCUCCCUAAAUCCCUCCGUUCGCCUUAAGGCAGAGAAACUGGAAAUGGCUCUAAAUUAUCUUGGUAUUCAGCCCACAAAGGAGCAACACCAAGCCCUGAGACAGCAAGUGGCAGUAGACCCACAGGGGACAGUGUCUUUUGGAGAUUUUGUCCAGGUUGCCCGAAACUUGUUUUGCUUGCAGUUGGAUGAAGUAAAUGUUGGUGCGCGUGAAAUGUCCAGCAUAUUAGACUCACAGUUUAUUGCCUGUGAUUCCUUAGAAGCAGAUGAUGUGGAAAGGCUUAAACGUGAAAGAAAUGAUGCCUUAGAAGAAGUGAAUGCACUUAAGGAAAAAUUAUUUGAAUCAGAAAGACAAAGGAAACAAUUGACAGAAGAACUCCAAAAUGUGAAACAAGAAGCCAAAGCGGUCAUUGAAGAAACCAGAGCCCUGCGCAGUCGGAUUCACCUGGCCGAAGCCGCGCAGAGGCAGGCGCGCAGCAUGGAAACGGACUACGAAGAAGUGAUCCGGCUGCUGGAGGCCGAGAUCACGGAACUGAAGGCUCAGCUUGCUGAUUAUUCUGACCAAAAUAAAGGAAGUGUUCAGGAGUUAAGAAAGAGAAUCACGGUGCUUGACUGCCAAUUGCGAAAAUCGGAAGUGGCUCGAAAAACUUUCGAGGCAUCCACUGAAAAGCUGCUUCAUUUUGUAGAGGCUAUUCAAGAAGUAUUUUCUGAUAAUUGUGCUCCUUUAUCAACUUUAAGUGAAAGAAGAGCCCUGUUAGCCUCUCAGACUUCCCUGACAUCGCUGGGAAGGAAUGGCCGGAGCAUCCCAGCAUUGCUGGCCCUGGAGUCUAAGGAACUCGUUAAAUCCGUUCGUGCCAUACUUGAUAUGGACUGUCUACCUUAUGGGUGGGAGGAAGCUUACACAGCAGAUGGAAUCAAGUACUUCAUCAAUCACGUAACACAGACCACGUCCUGGAUCCACCCCGUGGCGAGUGCGCUGAGCCUGUCCUGCUCCGAGGAGAACGAGGAGGACUGCCCCCGGGAGCUCCCCGACCAGAAGAGCUGAUGGUUUUCUGCAGGAAGCUGAGCGCCGUGGAUGGCUCUCAGACGCAAUGUCCAAAAUAGGAAGGAACACACUACGUAUUAAAGUUGCGAGAUGGAGGCUGGAUUUAGGCUACUUUUGUAAAACUUUUGCUAUAACUGUAUUCAUUCACAAGGUCAGUUGCCACUACAGUAGUUCUGUAAGAAUAAUCUAGUCCUAUAUUUUGAAGUCAUAUAUAAUGGCACAUUUAUAUUUUGUAUACUUUUUUAUGUAGAAUUAUAAUUUUAUAUACAGUUCUCUAUGGAGUAUCUGAUACAGUGAGUUCUAUAAUUAGGACUUAUGUUGGACAAUUAUGUGAACAUAGUGAAAGACUUCAUUUAUUUGGUAAUUCACUAACCUUUCACAUGUGUAUCUUAGGAGAGUGAUUUAAGCAAGCUUUGGGGCUUUUUUUUUUUUAAUCACCAACAACUAUCUCACAGGCUACUGAAUACAGCCUGCAUUUAUAUGGGGCUUUCUCAUUUACCUAAUGCUUUUCUGGCCCUGUUUUCUAUAAACCAUCCAACAUACCCAGGAGGCAGAGCCAGUGGGUGAUUUCUAUUCUUGUUUUUCAGCUAUGGAAAUAGUGGUUCAGAGAAACGAGGCACCUUGUCCUGGAACUGAGGCGCACACCUAAGUCUUCUGAUCCUCUGCCCAGCCCUUUGUCUUGCACCCCAUUGUCCCGGCAGUGGGAGGUCACAGCCGCACACGCAGGGCACCUGGGUCUGUUGAUGCAGCUGAGCUCCACGCUGUGCUCGAGGGUGGCCGCAGAGAUUCAGGAGGCACCUCUUCAGCUAAACGUGGCCCCACAUAACCCUUCCUCCUUCCCCCUCCUCCACCCCCGGGCCCUCACCUGGUAGGAACAUUGUUUUUGAUGCUUCGUCAGGCUUCUUGUAGCAGCUCACAUUUUUCCAAAGUAAAGGGCCUGGCUCCUGCACAGGAUCUGCCCUGCUUAGGGUGCCUUUGCCCGCGGGCACAUUUGAGGGGCACUGAUGAGAAGAAGGGCAUCCAGAAUCUCCUCUGCUGUCAGAAGAGACAUCCUGGAACGCUUCCGCUCUGGGUUCAAGACUGACCUCAUUAUUGCUGGUGUCGCCCACCAGCUAAUUAUGCUUUACCUCUUAUUUUAUCUUACUGUAAGGAUGCUGGGCCAUUUCUGGCAGGAGUGAGCCAUUGAGGUGGAGUGCUGAAGAUUGUCUCUCAGUGGAAUGAUUGAACCCAGGGCUGGAAAAUGGGGGGAGGGAGUCAUUUUCAAUGUCCUGGGCAUUAGGUACCGACUGAAUAAGAACGAGGUAUCUAUUCUUACCCAAUGUUGUAUUUUUAGGUACUACACUUCGAAAGGGAGUAAGAAUCAUUCACUAAUCAGAAUACUUGUUCCCAAAGCGCGCCUGGUAACAGAGAAGCUGCUGUGCAACACUCUGGCCUUUGCUUCCCACUUCCUGGGUGCUGCUUGCUGGUGGGUAAAAAAGCAAAAAGCAUCUCAGGCGGCCAGAAUUGGACAGCUUCUCUUACAUUUUUGAAUUUUAAAAAUAAUCUAUUUCCAUAAAAAAUCAAGUAGGACGGAAUUGAAUGAAGGAAAAAAGAAAAAAAGCCCAUCUCACUUUCCAGUGGUGUAGCCGUCGCUAAUAUUUGAUGAGUAUUUUUACUCAAAGGAAAUAAAACUGUUAAAGCAGCUUUUCUCUGGCUUACUAUAUUGUGGUCCGUUUUGUUGUUUUUUUCAUGUCAAUACAUAAACCGAUGUAAUAUUUCAAACGUCCGCAUAAAGUAUCACUACCCAGAUAACCCUUGUGGAGCGUAUAGCCAGCAAGCUAUUGAUGAGCCCUUAGGCUGUCUUAAGUUUCCUGUUACUAACAAUGAAUGUCACAGUGAACAGUCUUAUGUUCAUAUUCUUAUAUUUAUUGUAUCCUUUUCCUCACAUACCUAUGUUCUCUUGCGCCAAUAUGUCUGUAGUGGGAAUGCAUUGAUAAAGUAAAUUAUGUCAAAGAUAGGUUCAUUUUGAUUUUGGUAGCUAUUCAGACAUUUUCCUCAUAAAAAUAGGAUCAAUUCACACUACCACCAAUAGUGUAUGAGAGCUGCUUUUCUCUACAUUACUGGGCUUUUUCUGGUGCUAAGAUUGCUAAUAGCUUUCUGAUUGUUGUUAUGCUUAGAAGAGUAGCUUUCUUUCCAAAGUUGCCUGAGGACCUGAACUUUGUCAACAGUAGGUUUAGAUGUCCUUUAGCAGCAGACACUGAUUCGCUCUGUGGAGGGGAAUCAGCAGUAACUAACUCACUGGAUGUCGAGCACAUCAUUACCCGGAAAUAUUUACCUUCCCUCUGUCAUAUAUAUGAUAGUCACGAGGACCGACUUUUAACAAGCUCGCUUGGGUGAGAGCCCGUGGUAGAGUGCGAAGCACAGUACAAACACACCUACAAGUGCUUUGGGCCUCAGUUUCCCCAUCUGUAUAAGGAGGAUCAUAAUCCCCUGCCUCUUCCCAAAACAGUUCAUCUCAGCCACCAUUUCCAGAGCACCUGCUAAAUGCCAGACAAGAUAUAAGGACUUGAAGUUACUAUACGAAGCUCAUAAUCCAAAACCUUUUUUCCUUUGUUUUUUUUUUCUCCAAAACUUUUUAUUUUUCCUUAAAGGAAUAAGAACUUAGGGGUUUGUUUAGUAGGAACCCCUGAAGAGACGCCCUUUAUCACUCUCUUAAAUUUGAAUAAUUCCAAAAUAAUAACACCCUUUGAGUCGAAAUGAAAGAAAGAAACAUAUGUUUGUAGGGCCUCUCCAAUAGUGAAUGCAAAGCAGCUGUAAAAAUACAGGGUCGAAUGACACUUUCAUACACUGCCUGCAAAAUGAGAAAAUAUUAUUCUUUAUCUAGGGCAAAAGGGGAUGCUUGUAUUUUCCCUGCUACGUGAAAUGCAGUGUUGAAUUCUGCACGGUAUAGGAUAGAAAGCACUGAACUGACAUUAACACAACUUUCGUGCUCUAUGGCAUGUGACUUUCGAGAAGAUGAAAAGAACUUUGCAUUAUUGAGGCCUGUGGAGCCUCACUUUGGAAAUAAAACACCCAAGAUGUUUUCACCACAA